AUGUCGACUCUCGACAUCAAGCUCUCGAACGUCGCGACGGGCGAGACUCGCAUCGUUGCCCUGCCGACGCAGCCAAUCCCGUCCUGGGCCGACCUCGUGCAGCGUGUACAGCAGCGCUUCGCCCUCGACCAGCCGCCGAUCAACGUCACCUACGUCGACGACGACGGCGACGAGAUCACGGUCUCGUCCGACGACGAGGUGCGCGAGCUCUGGCUCGGCAGCGUCGCCCAGCCGAGCCUGUCGCUCGCGUUCAGCGUCGCUCGUCCUGUCGUCGACGAUCAGCGCGAGUCCGUGCGCGACGUGCAGAUGGCGCUGCUCGAAUCGGUCCGUGUCGCGCUCGAGCAGGACGCGUCGCUCGCCCACGACCUUCGCGACGUCCUUCACGACGGGUUCGAUGCGCCGUACCGCCCUCGCCAUCACGACCACCACCACCACGGCCAAGCGUAUUCUCGCUUCGCCGUCGCACGCGGCGGUGGCGGUCGACGCGGCGGAUGCCCGGGCCCCGGCGGGGCCGGCAAUCGCCGCCACGAGCGCUGGGAGAUGCGCUCGGGCUCGUCAUUGAGCAGCAGCAGCGACAACGGUCGUUCUCCUCCUCGCCACCACUUCCCCGGCCCGUCACCGCCGCCUCCUCCUCGCCAUGGCCACCACGGGCGGCACGGCCUGCCACCUCGUCCUUCCGGUCCGCCGCACGGACCUCCUCCGCCAUUCGCCCUCGGCUUCUUCGGCCCGCCGCCUCCUCCUCCUCCUCCGCCUUUCCCCUCUCGCGGUGGGCGUCACGGCUACAGGUACGGGCCGCCGCCGUUCCACCCGCCUCCUCCGCCUCACGGCUUCCACCCUGUCGCUGCCGAUUCUUUCGGCAACGGCGGCUCGCACCCGACGCCGCCGUGGCACGCUCUCGCCGACUUCUUCGCCUCUCCUUUUUACGACGGGCGCCACUAG